AGGUGACUGAAUCGCGGUGCUGAGAAAUCUUCGAGGGUUUCGCGCCUGGCAUUCCGACUAGAAGGGCCCUGCGCGAGGCGGAGCGACCUCCCCAGGAGACGAGAGCUCAGACCGCUCACCUCCGCUUCACCUUCCUAAUAGACCACCUCCCCCUCAUCCCUCGGGGGCUCCGACUGCACGCUCCCAGCUCUCCUCCACCUCUCCAUCCUCUCAGACCCGCGGAUCAAUCCGCCCCCCCUCCAAAGAAAAUUCACUGAUUCUGGCCUCCCCCGUGCCCCCUCCCUGAGUCUCCCCCAGGGCGCCGCGGGCAUGGCGGUACCGUCUGUCCUCGAGUUCCACUGGCAGAGCCUGGCGCGACUGCCCAGCGGCCGCGUCUACCACUCACUGUCUGAGGUGGGGGGGCAGAUGUACAUGCUGGGGGGCUGCGACGCUGCUGGGAGGCCCUGCCCGACCCUGGAGCUGUACUCCCCCGAGGGCGACCGCUGGAUGACUUUACCCCCCAUGCCCACCCCGCGCGCCGGGGCGGCCGUGGCCGUGCUGGGAAAGCAAAUCCUGGUGGUGGGAGGGGUGGGAGAGGACCAGAGCCCCCUGAAGGUGGUCGAGAUGUACAACACGGAGGAAGGCAGGUGGAGGAAGAGGAGCGCCCUGCGCGAGGCCUUGAUGGGUCUGUCCAUCGCCGUGAAAGAUGGCCGUGCUCUGGCUGUGGGGGGAAUGGGUGCCGACCUGCUCCCUCGUAAUAUUCUGCAGCAGUAUGACCUUCGAAAGGACGUCUGGGCACUACUUCCUCCCAUGCCGACCCCUCGCUACGACGCCAACACACAACUGCUGGGCAACAAGCUCUACGUGGCAGGCGGUCGCCAGUGUAAGCGACCGGUGAAGGCCUUUGAGGUGUAUGACGCAGAGACGCGCUCCUGGACUACACUACCCAUCAUGCUUUGUAAACGGUCAUACGGGGGCGUGAUAUGGGACGCGACCGGGAGGCUGUGUCUGCUCGGAGGACUGCGGCAGGGAGGGGGACACCAGAGCUCCAAGUUCACCAAGAACGUCAACAUCUUUGACACCAACCAAGGCGCCUGGUUGAAGUCGGAGGAGACGGUGCCGAUGAAAACAAAGAGGGCGGACUUUGCCGCCGCUUACCUGCGCGGCCGGAUGGUCGUCGUGGGCGGACUGGGUCACGAGCCCUCCGCGCUGGACACAGUGGAGGCCUUCCACCCUCAGAGGAAGAAGUGGGAGAGGUUGGCCCCCAUGAACUUCCCCCGAUGCUCCACGUCCUCCAUCGUCAUCAGAGACCGCCUCCUGGUGGUGGGAGGCGUCAACCAGGUUCCCAGCUCGGCCCACGAGAUCCUGUAUGUGAAAGAGGAAGAGUAUCUGUAGCCGGCCGGGAUUGAACGCAGCAGAUUUGGCGAUUCCACUGCUCUGUACAACACUCCCCAAUCAGACUGCAGUGCAUUGUACAUCUUAUAGGCAUGAACGAAAAAAAGAGCAGAGAUGGCGUCAGAGUGAAAGUCCCCGCCUUUGGAGAGGCACGGUAACGGGCGGCACCGCCCCCUGCUGGGGCUGCAUGCACACUGAGCCCCACACGUGAGCACACACACACACACACAUGCACACCGGAGGAGCUGGGCUCUUUCUUUCUGCCGACGACGUGUGUUUGAGUACGCGACACUGCCGCGUGGUCCGUUGCAACGGGAUGAGCUGUUUUAUGGCACAUGUGCAUUUUAGUGUUUUGAUUCACUUUGACGACGUGACCGCAAUAUUCAUCAUCUCGCAAAAAAAAAACCUCAGCAGCAAGCGGGGAAACGUUUGUCUGAGCUGCACUGUAACAACGUUUGCACUAAAGCAAUUCACAUCCUUUCUGGUGUAUUGUGGUGAUUGCACUGGGGACCAUUCUCCUGUGCCGUUACAGCGCACCACGGUGGGUGUGACGACUGUGAUUGAAAAGAGACCGUAUUUAACGGCAAUAUGUCGUUUGCUGAAGACCACUGUUGUAGGGCAAAGGACGCCGACCGACUGCACACGUGUGAUUCCCGCAACAAUACUGUCUCGUUUCUUCGGUGUUUCCUCUGUGCAACGCUGUAAUUACCUUCAGGUACUCAGGUUGUGACGUGACAGCACAGAUAAUCUACCCACUGGUUUCCCGUUGAUAUAUGAGAUGUGUGAAAUAUUUGCAUUUGGUUGAGACUUGUGUUUCGUCCUUCAGCAUGAACCAUUUCCGUUCCGUCCGUAAUCAUGAGGACACCGGUAGUUUUUAUUUGGUGGAAUAAAUGAGAUCUGUGGUU